AGUCACUAAUUACCUGGAUUUUCUUUUGAGACUCAUGGAUCUGCGAUAACUUCUUCGUGAGCUCAACAACAACGACAACCUUAAUUAAUUUGUACUUACAGUUACAAUUUUAUGGACAGAAAAAAAAAACAAUAGAGCUCAAAGCAUCGGACGUACUUCUGGUGAUGCUGAGUAAAAUCGAGCAGUUAACACAAAUUUAUCACAGGGUUAGAUAAGUAAAUGCUUCAAGUAAUGCAAUUAGCUAGUAAGCAAGCUUGAAGCUUGUCACACGGGUGGGUGGUAUAGACGGAAAACGAUCGACUCGCAAUUUUUGCUUGGGCGUCGGUCACAUGAUCGGCUAAUAACGAAAUAGAACUGAGCUCUUUUCAGUGAUCGGUAAAAAACGCCUUUUGCACUUAACUAAAAGCUCGUUAUUACUUCCACGCUCCAAUAAUUUCCUGUUUAGCCAUUUCAACUUCUCAUGACAACAAUAACAACAACAGACGGGCAGAAGUUUCAAUGAUUCUCUUUCGCAGCUAGACCAUUACCACUUAAGGAUGUACCACUCUACUUAGUGGACAGACAGUCAUGACCAUAGUAGCUUGACCACACACAGACAUCACUUUUAAUUGACCCACCGUAUUAGACACCAACUCCCUAUCAAGCGGGUGUUCGCUUUCGAGUUAAGCCCAUUCCUUCGUGACUCAGUGAAAGAAUUAGAGGCAUUCAGUGACUAAAUAUCGUAACUUAAUAUGCAGACACGGAAUUGGCAGAAAAUCGAGUAUUAACGUCACGAGAAAUAGCUGAAUGAGGCUUGUGGGGUGAUACAACCAUACUAAGAAAUCGCGGAUUCGAAAUCGCUAUGUGCUAGCUGAAAUCUAGCUAGCUAAAACACGCUUUGCCAGAGUCGAAACGAAACCCCUCGAAAUGUAGCGUGAACACGUAUAGUGUAGCCGUAAUUGAGGUAACAGCUGUUAGAGAACUCUGCUGCCCACAAAUACAAGAAGUCAUCUACGAUGAAAUAACGGUAUUGAUCGAAUCACGUUUUCAGACUUUCCUCUUGACCCAUUUAGAGCUCAUUGUCACUAAAAUGAUUUAGCUUCCAGUUGGAACCAAUUCAAGUUAAGCGUCAACAAAUUUGGAAAAUUAUCAAGUACUUCAGUGAAAGUUAUAUUAUGACCUAAGCACAAGCGUCGCUGAGGUAACUUUCUGACACACCCUUCCACCAUUUACCCAAGAACUGGUGCAAGAAUGUAAUUCUAAAAUACGUCGCUCGAAAAAAGAAAAAAAGGAAAGAAAGAAAGAAAAAAAAAAAGAUCUCCAUAGCUAAGGAUGACGAUAGAGCAACUCAUCAAUAUAAUUUAAUAAAGUAUUAUGUGAGUAUUAGAAAUACAAUACAUGCGUAUAGGCCAUGCAUGCAACACAGUCGUAUAAAGACGGAAUUCGUGAGGGAAUUAUUACACUUGAUACCGAUCAUCCUGAAAAAGGCCGGAUUUGUCUGACUAUGUAAAUAUUUCUCGUGAUUAGCUUUUCAACCCAUUAAGCGAUGGAUCUUCAUAAGUCAGCCCCAAGUCAGCGUGUAGACCAAAACAACGCAAAACAAAUAGCAAGAUUAGCAAAAAUCCCUGUUUAAAGGAUAUAAUAGUUGUCUACAGCUAAUAAUUUUAUGCGCUUUAGUUUUUCCUUUUCAUUGUUGAUGCCAGAGUUACCAGAACUAAGACUCAUCAUCAGAUCGCUUCACCAGUUUAUCUCACGGGCUCAUGAUGAAACUCACCGAUCAGAUGAACCGAAGGCAGUGCGUGUAAACAUUUCAGAAUGCCAGUGAAUGAAUGAAACCGACAUAAUGAAGCUAGUUAUCACGGCGCCACGGUUUCGGAAUUUUCACAGAUGUAACUGAGAAGACACUCAGAGUUGAUUUAUUAUCGCUUCCGUUUCCAGUGGGUGCGUUUGGUUCCUUAAUUGCGGAGUUAACACGAGAAAUGGGCCUCUCUUGUCCACGGUUCACGGCGGUUUUGCUGUUGUUUUUAUUUACAAUUCCCAAGCUUUCAAAGCCUUGUAUUCACAUCCUCAAUCAUGGCUGGAAGCCACUGAGUGCUGGAGAGCGCGCUAAACUCGUCAAAGUGGUUUUCAUUGGUAAAGUUGUGAAUCUGUACACGUACGAUGAAGUCUCACAAACACACGCGGCCGAUUUUGAGGUGUGGAGAAUUCUCAAGGGAAGGAAAAUCGUGGACGAGGUUUUAGAAAUGCACCCUUCACCACUGGUGAAAGUCUACGGCUUCGGGGAGAAGAGGUUAUGUCGCUCGCCCGUUAACCCAGGAGAAGUUCACAUGGUUUUUAUGGUGUACGAGCCAAACUCUCGCUCGCUCGUUGCACGAUACGAUGACAUAUUCGGUGCGACAGCUCCAGCCACUGCCAACAACGAAGCCGAUGUAUUACAAGCAUUGGGUUGGAAACCCUGGUCGAGCUGGAGCCGUUGCAGUAAAAAUUGUGGCGAAGGAGAUCAAAGUCGUACUAGAGCGUGCCGUGCCAAAGACUGCGAUGGCGCAACGAAGGAAGCAAGAACAUGCAACAAAUACGAGUGUUAUGGUUUAAAGGACAUAGCAAGGCUUCUUCGAGAGGAACAAAAUCCACCCGACUCUAAAAACGAGGACAUAAAAGUGGAAAACGGACGCGUGGCGUCCAUACCAGUGUCUAAAGUAUUUCGCUAUUAUAAUUAUUUUCCUGAUGACUUCUCAAUUCUCGUUACAUUUCGCGCCAUGUCGCUCACAAACGUCUAUCUCGUGGCCAUGUACGAUUAUCGCAAACAUCUGAGCUUAGGAGUGCGGAUAAAGCCAGAUUUGAUAAGUUUUGAGUUCGAGAAAAUCUCGGCGUUUCGCCAGGGUCAAUGGUCGCUGGACUUUGCUGUGAAAGCACGCAAGGCACAGUGGCACACCCUGGGCAUUAGUAUCCAGGAACGAAACGUGACGGUUUUUUGGGACUGCAAGAAGACUGGGUCCAAGAACUUACCUGAAAAGUUUUCUCUUAUUCCGGACCCGUUGGGUGAGCUUUACGUUGGGAAACCCAGGCUUCUUUCUUCCGUCGAGAGAUACGAGAUUGAGGUUAGCGAGUUGUACUUCGUCCCAGACGCGGGCGCGUCCAGAGAUCAAUGCGAGGCUCCACUUUUCAAACCACUUCUAGACAAAGAUGAAAAUGAAGGCAGUGGUGGUGGUGGCCCUGAAAUUUAUCACAAAGAAGGAUCUGGUACGCCAAAUUAUGUUGACGAUCCUGAAAAUGAAGUGGAAAUCUCCUGGUCUGAAUGGUCUCAAUGUUCCCAGACGUGCGGCAAAGGCCAAAGGAAACGGGUGAUGAUGUGUGACCUGGAAAACAGCUACUCUGAUGAAAACGGUCUACCGAGUGAGGAGUGUCUCAAGGCGCUGCAAAAUGUUGAUGUUAAAGAAUGUUAUCUACAGGACUGUCCUGCCAAAUGUGAUCGUCCUUGUUUAAAUGGAGGAUUCUGUAUCAGCCGCAAUCAUUGUCAGUGUCAGCCUGGUUACUAUGGAGACAUCUGCGAGAGAGUGGAAUGCAAGAUUCACUGUCGUAAUGGCGGAACUUGUGUAGGACCAUACAAGUGCAGCUGUCCCCCCGGAUAUGGAGGAACGCAGUGCGAGAAAGCGUUAUGUAAUCCACCCUGUCAAUAUGGCGGACAAUGUAAAAGACCAAAUGUGUGCCACUGUUCUCGAGGGUUCCUAGCACCAUACUGUAGACCCUCCUGUAGUCCUCUUUGCUUGAAUGGCGGCGUCUGCGUGGGACCGAACAAGUGUCGCUGCGCCAAAGGCUUCACGGGAGAAUAUUGCCAACAAGCGGUGUGCAACCAGCCCUGUAUGAACGGCGGUGUUUGCUACCAACCUGACAAAUGCUCUUGUCUUUACGGCUGGCAUGGAAAUAGUUGCGAGAAAGCGCGAUGUUUUCCAAACUGUCGGAAUGGCGGCACGUGUAUAAGACGUAACACGUGUAUGUGUUCUCGUGGAUACUUUGGUUAUUACUGUCAGCAUGGUGUUGGUAAAAAAUCGUGAACACAGAAUUGAGGACGAAGAUACUGGCGGAGAAGAAUCAAUGAAAAGACUUAUUUGACAAUUUCCUGAAGUUCCCGAAGUCAGGAGGAAUGUAGAAUUAUCCAGUUUAACUUAUGUUUUUGUGAGAAAGGGAAGAAAAUUUUCAAAAUUUUGAGUCUACAAAGACUUAACCUGCAGAACAAGCGGAUUAGCGGGCUCUAUCGUGAUCGCGCUUCGAGCGCGCGCUCGUAUAUCGCAAUAGAGCCCGCUAAUCCGCCUGUUCUGCAGGCUAACAAAGACUACUUCGCGCCUAUGGUUUUCAAAUGUUAGAAUCAGAAUUGAGUUUUACAAACAUUAUUAGAUGCCGCCGCCUCUCGCUCAGGCAAGUCACGCAAUCUUUAUACCAGAAGCGGUGCGUGACAAGCCAGUGGUUCAGUUGAGUGAGCGAUUUAAGGCAGUUCGAAACUGUUAGAAUUAUCAUCGUCGAGUUGUGAAGAGUUUUCUUUCUAGAAACUGAGUUGAGUUUCUGAUCUUGAAGCUGUACAUAAUAGCUUCACCUUGCGCUUUGUACAUUUCGCCUUCGUUUGCAAUAAUUUACUGAAAGUGUUCAACACUGUUUCUAGACGAAUUUUUCACCCGUUAUUAGCCCCAAUAUUUCUCAGUAAGCUGUUAUUAUCGUAAAGGAGACACAAACAGUUCCAAACCCAACACUAUAAACAUGCAGUUCGACUGUUAUCUGCAACAAUGACGACAAAAAGAGCAGCAUUGUGAUCACCUGUCGGCCUUUCUACGUAUUUACAGUUUCCAUUCUUUGGAGUAAAACAAAACUGAACAACAAA